GCGCAGGCGCGGAGGGUGCGGACCGGACUCGGACCCCGGCGCUCGGCUGUGCAGGACGGGCUCCCGGUCGGUCCGCGCGGCUGCGCUCUCUCCGUACUGACCGAGCGCGUGUCCGUCCCGCGGCCCGUCCAUGCGCAGCCUGGCGCUGCUGCUCCUCCCGGCUGUGCUCGCGGUGCUGCUGCGCUGGUUCUGGGCGGCGGACCGAGGCGCGCGCUCCCCGGAGCUCCGGAGUGCAGGCAGCCCGAACCCGGCGCAGCAGGUUCUGGUGGGAGUGCUAUCUGCCAGGCAUCACCAUGGUCUACGGGAAGCCAUACGGGACACAUGGCUGGGGUACCUCAGAGACCACCCUGAGUUCCAAAAUCGGGUGAUGGUGAAAUUUAUCAUCGGACAGCAUGGCUGUGCGAUACCUGAAGAAGAUCGUGAAGAUCCGUAUUCCUGCACCCCGGUGAACCUCACAGAGCCAGUUGCUGGACAGGAAGUGGCCAUCCUCACUGUGUCUGACCUCUCUGUUUUGGUGCCUUCUGAUGUCUCUGCCAUAAGUUUGGACUUUAAGGUCCUCCACUCGGUGGUCAUCACACAGCUGGGGGUGUUCCACAGUGGACCAGGGCAGGACUUCAGGGGCAAUGUGACGGUGAAGUUAUUCCAGGUGGAUCAGGAGGAAGCUGUAGUUACUGCUCACUUCACUGCUCUGAGCUCAGGGACGUAUGUGGAGGGGAUGUGGUAUAAACCUGUGGAGCAGUUCAUUUUACCAAAGGGGUUCGAGGGCACUCUGCUGUGGGAGAGUCAGGAUCUGACGGGUCUAAUGACUCUGGACGUGUGGAAGGUUGGGCUCAGUGAUGGUGGAGGAGUGCUGAAGUUCAGAUCUGUGGAGGAGGGCACGCUGCCCCACAGAAGUGCGGUGGGUUUCCCGGGAUUGGCUGGAGGAUUCACUUUCUCGGUUUAUGAUGUGGAGGUUCUGAAGGAGCUGCUGCGUGGGCGAGCUGGCAGGCAGAGGGCCCGGGUGGCCCGGGUGAGGGAGGAGGACGAGGCCUUGCUGGAGGAGAGCCGGCGGUUCGGGGACAUGGUGUUCGUGGACGUGGUGGACACCUACAGGACUGUGCCUUCUAAACUGCUGCAGUUUUAUAAAUGGGCUGUGAGGAACGCUGACUUCAGUCUGCUGCUGAAGACGGACGAUGAUUGCUACGUGGACGUGGACGCCGUAUUAAUGAAGAUCGACCGCAAGAACCUGACGAGGAGCAACCUGUGGUGGGGAAACUUUAGGCAGAGCUGGGCCGUGGACCGGGUUGGAAAGUGGCAGGAGCUGGAGUACGCUAGUCCUGUUUACCCAGCCUUCGCUUGUGGUUCGGGUUACGUGGUGUCUCGAGACUUGGUGGAGUGGUUGGCCAGCAAUGCAGAGAAGCUGAAAGCGUAUCAGGGGGAAGAUGUGAGUAUGGGAAUUUGGAUGGCUGCAGUCGGGCCUAACAAAUAUCAGGACGCCGGGUGGCUGUGUGAGAAGGAAUGCUACGUGGACAUGCUGUCGUCUCCUCAGCACACUGCAGACGAGCUGCGGUCGCUGUGGCGGUGGAGGCGGGCGUGUGGAGACCCGUGUGGCUGUGCCUGGAGCCGGCACUGAAUUCUGCAGGGCCCCGGGGCCGCCGGUCAUCGCUCCAUUACUCUCCUGUUCACCUCACCCACCUACACAGACUCAGCAGUACUGUACAGGCGACCGUCUCGUACUUUCUUUAGGGUUUUUUUAAGCAGCUGUUUGUCUGAGUGAGAGCUUGUUCUGCAGCAGAACUGAAGCGAAUGCUGUCGGGGGACGAUGAGACGCGACGUGUCGAGGCGCUGCGUUUUCCUCCGAGCGAUUGCUCUGAUCACGCUUUGAUGUGAAACACACUCAGAUUUAUUCACCCGUCAUUUUACAGCCGAGUCUGUGUUAUUCUCUCUCUCUCUCUCUCGCUCUCUUUUUCUGCAGGUAAACACACUUUCCUGACUCGCCGCAGGAUACGGAAAACAGGGUCUGCGUUAUUACUGCUCCUCUGAUCUGCGCCUUUCUCUAUUAUGGGAUGCUAAAUUUAAACGACUGAGAGCCGAACACACCAUUCAGUUCUUUUAAUAUCCGUGAAUUCUCAGAAUUGGGUAGCAAAUUGUCCAUUUCACCUUAUUUUAGUUUCACUUGGUUCCCAAUUAGUGUGUUUUUUAUUUUAUUUUUUUAUUUCCCAUUUCUGAACACAAUAAAAAUAAGAAUGGAUGAAAAACUGCA